CCGGGCGCCGCUGGCAGUUACGCCGAGCAAGACGGCGGGAUAUUCAAACGAUACAGAUACAAAGUAAACACGGACAAGACGCAGAGGGGUGCUGUCCGGCAUUCAGCUCGUUUGUUUUUAAGUUAAUUACACCUGGGGUCGCGUAAAGUCAGUUACCAGCUUUAUAAAGAAACGUGUUUAGACAGUAAACUGCUGUGUUUCUGGGACCGAAGGCUCCACGUUAUUUAUCCCGUGUUUUAAAUUUCAAGAUAAACAACAUGGAGGGAGGACAGACUCGCUCUGGAUAUGAGCGCCUGACUGCGGAGGAGAUGGAUGAGCAGAGGAUACAGAGUGUGGCCUAUCAGUACCUCUGUCACCUGGAGGAGGCAAAGAGGUGGAUGGAAGCCUGUUUGAACGAGGAGCUGCCAGCCCCCACAGAGCUGGAGGAGGGGUUGAGGAACGGGGUGCUGCUGGCGAAGCUGGGGCACUGCUUCGCUCCGCACAUCGUCCCGCUCAAGAAGAUCUACGACUGUCAACAAGAGCGCUACAAGGCAACUGGGCUCCAUUUCCGACACACAGACAACAUUAAUCACUGGCGCAAUGCCAUGGCUCAAGUGGGACUGCCUUCGAUCUUUCACCCGGAGACUACAGAUAUCUACGAUAAGAAGAACAUGCCCCGGGCUGUCUACUGCAUCCACGCUCUCAGCCUCUACCUGUUUAGACUGGGGCUGGCUCCACAGAUUCAGGACCUCUAUGGGAAGGUGAAGUUUACAGAGGAAGAAAUUAACAACAUGAAGAGGGAGCUGGAUAAAUAUGGUAUCCAGCUGCCUGCCUUCAGUAAGAUCGGAGGGAUCCUGGCCGGCGAGCUCUCCAUGGAUGAAGCUGCAGUGCACGCCGCGGUGAUUGCCAUUAAUGAGGCGGUGGAGAGGGGCUCUGUGGAGGACACUGCCCUGGCACUGCGCAACCCCAACGCCAUGCUGCUGAACCUCAGUGAGCGCCUGGCGCCAGUCUACCAGGAGAUGCUGCACCAAGCCCGGGCACAGAAGAGUGGCAGCGCCAGGAACAGGUACAAGCCUGAUGCUUCCCAAGAGAAAGACAUUUACGAGGAAUACCUGACCCAGGCUGAGAUCCAGGGCAACAUCAACCAAGUGAAUGUGAGCGCUGCUCUGGAGCGAGUGGACGAUGCUCUGGAUAUGAGAGACGGCCCUGCACUCCAUGCUGCCCUGCACUCCCCCUCCCUGGCACUGCGGGGGCUGCACAGGGAGCUCUCCCACUGGUACCUGGAGCAGCUCGCCCUGCAGCGCCAGCACAAGGCACUGGACCUGGGCUGUGUGGAGCCGCUGGACCGAGAGGAGCUGCAGGAGGGAGUCAGCACUGCCAAUGAGAACGCACAGCACAGCCAUGCCACGGAGCAGGCAGUGUCCCGUAUCCAUGCUGCUCUGCGUCGGGGGAUUCCCAGGGAGACAGUGAAGGAGCUGAUGGAUCCGGACGCAGAGCUCCCCGACGUCUACCCCUUUGCUGCUGAGCUCUACCAACGAGAGCUCACUGCUCUGCAGGCACAGAACCCACAGGGGACGCUGUUGCAGGAAGAGCUGUUUGUUGCCGUGGAGAUGCUGUCUGCAGUGGCAUUGAUUAACCAGGCCUUGGAGGCAGGCGAUGCUAAUGGAUUCUGGAGAGCCCUGAUCAGCCCCGCUGCAGGUCUUGCUGAUAUCGAGGAAGGCUUUGCUCAGCGUUACUUUGAUGAGCUGUGCAAGCUGAGGACUGCAGCUCCGAGGCAAGGCACUGCUCUGCUGUCCUGGAAUGAGCUUCAGGCUGGUCUGAAUAAUGUCAACUUGUCUGUGCAGGAAGAGCAUGACCAGAUUGUGUCCAUUGGGCUGGUCAAUCAGGCGCUGGAGAAGAGCGAUCCACAGAGCACCCUGGCUGCGCUGCUGCUGCCCUCUACUGGCCUGGCUGAGGUACAGCCAGCCAAUGCCAGGCGCUACCAUGAUGUGCUGACCCGUGCCAAGAAGCGGAAGGCUCAGGAAUCCCGGGACCCCGGGGCAGAGCUGUGGCUGGCGGAGAUUCAGGAAGGAGUCAGGAAAGCGAACCAGGACACCCACAGGGCCCUGAAGAUGUCCCUGGGUCUGGCUGCAGUGAACCAGGCAGUGAAGGAGGGGAGAUCCUCUCAGACCCUGAACGUGCUGCUGCUGCCUGCGCUGGGUUUCUGCAGUGUGGUCCCAGAGUGCGCCCCGCACUACCAGUCUGAACUAGCAGCGCUGAUGAAGGCCAGGCUGCUGCAAGGGGAGAACCACAGCCCCUGGGUCCGACACACGCUGAGGGAGAGCGGCAGCUACUACUUCCACCUGCACAACUUCCAGGGAACAUGGGAACAGCCUAAAGGGUUCAUUCAGAACAGCACACACCUCAGCCGGGAUGAGAUUCAGUCCAUCCUGACGCGAGUGAGCGCUGCACAUGACCGGGAUUGCCUGUGGAGGGCCAGCGAGCCCUUCAUCACCAGACUGCAGGCCAGGGGCCGGGGCUACCUCCUCCGCACACAGCUAGCCACUCGCAGGCACUUCCUGCGCAAGCAGCUCCCCGCCGUCCUCGCCAUCCAGAGUCACUGGAGAAGGUAUCUGCAGCAGAGACGUUACCAGCAGAGGCUGCAGUUCCUCCGGGAGAACACGCACGCAGCCCUCAAGAUCCAGGCGUGUGCGAGGAUGUGGCUGGCUCGGAGGAGAUACCUGGCCAGGCUCCGGCACUUCAGAAGCAAUGUUAAAUCGGUAAUUAAGAUCCAAGCAUUCUUCCGAGCUAACAAGGCGCGAGAGGACUACAGAAUGCUGGUGGGCAGGCAGGCCCCUCCCCUCUCGGUGGUGCGCAGGUUUGCUCAUCUGCUGGAGCGGGGCGAAGCCGAUCUCCUCCAGGAGAGGGAGCUGCUGAGGCUGCGGGAGGAGGUGGUGAGGAGCAUCCGCGCCAACCAGGGGCUGGAGAGCGACCUUGCGAUCAUGGACCUGAAGAUCGGUCUGCUGGUGCGCAACCGGAUCACACUGCAGGAGGUGGUGUCUCACUGCAAGAAGCUGACCAGGAAGAACAAGGAGCAGCUCUCGGACAUGAUGGCGCUGGACAAACAGAAAGGGCUAAAAUCCCUGAGCAAAGAGAAGCGAGAGAAGCUGGAGGCUUACCAGCACCUCUUCUACCUGCUGCAGACCCAGCCGAUAUUCCUGUCCAGGCUGAUCUUCCAGAUGCCUGUGAACAAGUCCACCAGGUUCAUGGAGUCUGUGAUCUUCACUGUGUAUAACUACGCCUCGGACAGCAGGGAGGCCUGCCUGCUGCUGCAGCUCUUCAGCACCGCCCUGCAAGAGGAGAUCAGGUCGAGGGUGGACCGGAUCCAGGACAUCGUCACCGGGAACCCCACGGUGAUCCGUCUGCUGGUCAGUUUUUACCGGAACGCCCGGGGCCAGAACGCUCUGCGGGAGAUCCUGGGUCCGCCCAUCAAAGAGGUCCUCCAGGACAAAACCCUGAACAUCCAAACGGACCCCGUGGACAUUUACAAGAGCUGGAUCAACCAGACAGAGUCGCAGACCGGCCAGAGGAGCUCGCUCCCCUAUGCCGUCACUCCGGAGCAGGCUCUAAGUCACGCGGAGGUGCAGCGCCGGCUGGACAUCGCUGUGCGGAGCCUGAAGAGCGUGACAGACCGGUUCCUCCACGCCAUCACCUCCAACCUGGACUCCCUCCCGUAUGGGAUGCGCUACACAGCCAAGGUGCUGAAGGACUCCCUGCUGGAGAAAUUCGCAGAUGCCACAGAGGAAGAGGUUUACAAGAUCGUGGGGAACCUCCUCUAUUACCGCUACAUGAACCCGGCGGUGGUGGCUCCGGACGGCUUUGACAUCGUGGAUUACUCUGCCGGCGUAGUGCUGCACCCUGAUCACCGGCGCACCCUGGGCAGCAUCGCCCGGGUCCUGCAGCACGCCGCCGCCAACAAGCUGUUCCAGGGAGACAGCGCGCACCUGCGCUCCCUCAACGACUACAUCACACACACACACCUGCGCUUCAGGAGGUUCCUGCGGGCUGCCUGUGAAGUGCCCUCGCCCGAGGAGCGCUUCAGCGUGGACGAGUACUCCGAGAUGGUCACCCUCAACAAGCCAGUCAUCUACAUCACCAUCGCAGAGCUCAUCAACACACACAAGCUGCUGCUGGAACACCGGGACUCUGUGGCUCCUGAUCACACUGCCCCUCUGCACGAGCUGCUGGCAGACCUGGGGGACGUGCCCACUGUCCACUCACUCGCUGGGGAGGGAGUGGGGAACCCCAGCGACCCCGAUGCUGAGCAGACCCUGGCUCAGUGCAGCAGGAUGGAAAUUUCCCUGACGCUGACCAACAAGUUUGACAUCUUCAAGGACGAUGAAGACAAACCUGAUGCUAGAGGCCUCAUGCUGAGCACCAAGCAGCUUAUAAUUGAUGUGAUAAGGACCCAGCCUGGAGACUCUCUCCCUCUGUUGUUACGAACCUCUGCAUCCGAGGACCAGGAGGCGGAGCACUGGCGCAUGAUGCAGAGACGAGCGCUGCGCGACGCCCGCACCCCUGAGAAGAUGAAGCGGAACAAGUCCAUCGUCGCCGACGACAACCUGUCACUGGAGGAGAAGAAAAGGAAGAUCCACCGCAACCUGCGGAAGCUGGAGGCCAUGGGAGCACUUCAUUACCAGAGCCGAUUUACUGAGAUACUCACCGACAUCGCCAAGGAUAUCCGUAACCAGCGGCGCUACCGGCAGCGCAGGCAGGCUGAGCUGGUGAAGCUGAGGCACACCCUGCAGGGGCUGAACUGCAAGAGUGCCUUCCACUCGGAACAGAUCGAUUACUACAACCAGUACAUCAAGACCUGCCUGGACAAGCUGGCAGCCAGGGGCCGGGUGAAUGGGAAGAAAGCUGGAGAAGGCAGAGGGAAGCAGGUGAAGCCUGCCAGUCUGAACUACACUGCAGCCCGACUCUAUGAGAAGGGAGUGCUGCUGGAGAUCGAGGACCUGCCUAUCAGCCAAUUUAAGAACGUUAUCUUUGACAUUAUUCCCUGCGAGGAGGGAGGAACCUUCCAGGUGAAGGCUCGUUUCAUGGGGGUGGACAUGGAGAAAUUCCCUCUGCACUACCAGGACCUGCUUCAGCUGCAGUACGAGGGGGUGGCUGUGAUGAAGAUGUUCCACAAAGCCAAGGUCAACGUCAACCUGCUCAUCUUCCUCCUCAACAAGAAAUUCUUCAAGAAGUGAGCAGCGGGGAAAUGGUGACACCCAGUGGUGUCUCCCGGAUCUGAACCGGGCAAGUGGACAAAUUGAUAAGAAACUGUAAAUGGUGGGCUAAGAAGUUUCUAAAUGUGUUUUAUUUUGGGACAUUGAAACUGCAACAGGUUUGACACUAGAUUAGUCUGAUCCACAUUUUUUACUCCUGGAAACAGUUUUAUUAAUCAAACUUGCUAAUGUUUGUCCAGCUAUCCUGUAUUUAUAUUUAUUUUACAAUAACUGGCGUUGAUCGGUUGAAAUGCAUUAUAACUAUGUUGAGGAAUAUUAAUAUUUAAUAUGUUUGUUCUAGAGAAGUUUAGUGUUGGUGCCACAGUACUAUAAAUUCAUGAAAGCCAUCAUGCCAAAUAUGAACCUUUUCAGAUAUACUAAAACUGUAAAUUCAGUGACACACUAAAGUACGUUUUUGAAGUAUUUUUAAAUGUACCGCUGUUGAGCGUUUUACCUUCCAGUCAAGGCCACUGUCUUACAGUCCUGAUUUUACUCCUAUUGACGGCAAUGUAAAGCUACCUUCAAUAGUAAGGCCACCCUUGUAUGUAGUAUUAAGAUCCUCUUUCUGGUGUUUCAAACACAUCAAUGUUUGAGUACCUCUUAUAAGACCAGCGUGUUGUAAACGAACACAUUUAGCAUGAAACAAAAUUGAACUGAUUUGCACAUUUCAUUUAGAUGUCAGAACACGCACAGGACAGAGCAAAGCGUCUUUUCACUAAAAAAGAAGUGUCAAUAUCAGUGCGAUGCAUUUUGUCAGGAAGUACCUGUGCAGUGGAAAGGUGCAGAGAGUUCAGUUUGAGCAGCUGCUUCCUGAAGAGAGUCAGUCUCCCUGCACAUCAGCUCAAUCUCUUUGCUUUAUCUUUGCAGAUCUGUGCUGUCUUUACAGUUCUACACCGGAACUCCAUUACAAGAGUAUUAGAUACACAAGUACUGAAACGAAACUUAGUAAAAACAUAGCCCUUGUACUUUUAGUACUUUUUUUUAUUGCUGUACCUCUUGUUUUAAAAUUUUGGAAGAGAAUUGAAGUAACCUGUGUUAUUUAUUUUAUAUAGUCAUUCAUGCAGUGCUUUUUUUGGUAUCUUUUUUGAUCCAGUAAUUAGUAAAUUCUGUUAAAAGAACGAAUCUGAACAGGGUCAUUUUCAUGCCAAUGCAUUUCAAGCAACGCUGAUUCAAGCUUUCUAAUAUUUAAGUUAUUAGCCCCAUGUUUGUCUUCCAGAGUCUUGCUUAGAAAUAUAUAAUACUGUAAGCUGCAGUGCCCAAUAAUGAUGCCAGAUUCAAAGAGCGGACUUCACUCACACAGUAUUGAACUUGUAUUCAGAUUAUUUAAUCCGAUUCUAGGAUUCAAAGCCAUAGAGACAUUUUUAAUGAAGUUCAGGGAAUAGAACAUGGAGUGAUCCGUCCACAUUGUGCCACAAUAUACAGUGUGCUUGUAUAACGAGUCAGUCUUUAUUAACAGCUUUCUACACAGGCCUUUAGCAAGAGAUUCACCAGAGCUGCCCAACCGUUUGGAGAGCUACACUGAUUACCAGUCCUUAUAGAUCAUGAAUGAUUUGGAAUGGUAAUGUAAUAGUCUUUUUAUAGUGUAAUAAAUAGUACAAUACUAAAGGGAGAAUGUAGCAGCUUGGCUAUACGUAAUGAUAUGAGAUUAUAUAUAUAAUAUUAGUACACAAUGGAAAGGAAAUGGAUCAAAUUAAAAGCAGGAAAAAUAUAUAUAAACCAAGCUAGCACAUCCUAAUCAAACCAUCACUGUCUCAAUUUGCAUUUAUAAAUGUCCGCAAAUUGCUGCUUCAUCUUGUAAAUAUUUUCUGUCUCAUUUACUUCUCAUGUUUCCUUUUUAAAUGUUCAGUAUUUUAUUUUUUGUAACCUGUCUUACUGCCAUAUUUAUGUAAAGAAACACAAGCCUAACUUUAUCAGUUGAUCCUACUAACCAAUACAAGGGAUCUUGCCCUGCUACUGCUGUUUACACUAUGUUCCCAUCUGCAUCGAAGCUGUGCUGUAAUGGGAGAUUUCUAUAGCAGUGGUUUUAAAAGGACCUCGCACUCCUAGUUUUUGUUUCAGCCAGGAACUAAAUAUUAGUUUUUACAUUUUGGAUUGCUUUCCAGUGCACAUAAAACAGUGCUAAUCUGAGAGUGUUGUCUGUAGCUACAGCUGAGUGUGCUCCAUAGGGGGUUGUUCAAUUGAUCUCGAUGCAGCCACUGCAUUAAUCAUUAAAAAGGGGCCCCUAUCUGGUGCUUUCCACACUUUAUACAGACAAUACACUAAAGAGACUCCCAUACACUGCCUAACAAAACCUUGGUACACAGACCAGGGCCCUACACUCAUGAUCUGGUAUUGGAACUGUGUUUUAGAUCAAUUGAAUAGACCCUAUUGGUAUUCAUAACGCAUUGUAAUCGUAUACAUUUAAUGGAAGGUUAAUGUUUUAUAAUUAAUCCAUUUAUACCCUGAUAAGCCAAAACAGGAUUAUAUUUAGAGCAUUUUAUAGCUCUGGGGAAUCCCCCUGUAUUGCAUUGGUAGCUAUUCCAGGACAAACCCUAUAAAUAGGUGCUGUAAAAUGUUCUUUAAAAAAAAUAAUAAAGUCGUGGCUUAUCAGGGUAUAGUUUGAGGUGUCGUUGUCCCCCCAUUGUGCUGAUGCUGGGGGUCUGUAUCCUUUAAUAGUCCUUGCUUCUCUCCUUCAUGCCCAAGGCUUGUGGCACGAGAGUACUGUCUAGCAGGUCAGAACAGUAUGGGGGAAGGAGAUCUGUGUUAAGGAUAGGGUUUAAAUGACGGGGUUUCAAGUUAUUUCAAAUUUGUAUUGAAGCGACGCUCACCUGUAAUUGACUCCUUACUGGAAGCCAAGGUCCAAAGCUCAGUGUAAGUGAAGGGCUGACUGGGUUAGCUAACCUUGUUACCAUGCCAGUGAAACAUGCACACUGAAUUACAGUGCGACUCCUGCAGCCACCAGCCAGCAGACAAUGCUAAAGCAAACCCCUUCUCUGAAAUCUAUUGCUACGGUUUCCUAUAUAUAUAUAUAUAUAUAUCUCUAAUCUAUUUACUGAGAUUUUUGAUCCACAGUUUGUGUUUUGAAGGAGCUUUUUAUGAAACACUUUAAUCUGUAUUGUGUCUGUAUAACAUGCUCUAUGAUGUAACGCUGCA